GUCAUUACAUCUCUGGCCAAUGGGGCUACUGCAACGAUGCCUGCAUGAAGGAGUCGCAGGCAACCGAAACGGAGGAGGAGGUUCCAGUGACAUACAGCAAGGUUGGAGCAGGUGUUUCCUGUGGCACGGAGGCUUACCGAAGCUCUGACUCUCCGGAGCAGUGCAAAGAGUGGUGCACGCAGUUUCUCGGCUCCUUGGAGUACCAGAAAGCGAGCCGCUGCACUGGAAAGAUAUCUGCCUAUAAGAAGAUUGUCCCAACGGAGAAGAAGCAGGCAGGAUGCCUGGAGGGAGAACAUGAGGCCACGUUUACCUACAAGAACUGCAAGGAUGGCCAAGAUGAUCGCGACAUUACCGUGAGUUUCAGCGCGUCCUACGAAGGCUACCCGUUGACCUACCGGGUCGAGUAUACUGCCGAAGGGGGCGACAACUCUCUAGGAUGUCGCGGGACCUAUCGCUGCCCGGCUGAUCUAGCAGCAUCACAUGAGCCUCCCACAGGCCCAAGCCCUAAACCCUGUACUGUGUGGGAAGAACGAGGCAAUGCAGACCUGAAGUUCAUGGAUGCGCAAGGGGAGAGCAAGGCAGUGACUCUUGUGGUCGCUCAGCCGCACUUUGGGUUCCCAUCUAACCCAGGCGUGGGAAUAAGCGACGAUUAA